AUGUCAUUUCGCAGUAUAGUUCGUGAUGUAAGGGAUGGGUUUGGAAGUUUAUCCAGACGGAGUUUUGAGGUGAGACUGCCUGGUCAUCACAGGGGGAAAUCACAUGGUUCAGUCCAUGAGCUGCACGACCCACCUCUGGUAAUCCAGAAUAGCCGUUGGGCUAGCCUACCUCCUGAACUAUUACGUGAUGUAAUCAAAAGAUUGGAGGCUAGUGAGAGUACUUGGCCUUCUCGCAAGCAUGUUGUUGCCUGUGCUGCCGUAUGCAGGUCAUGGAGGGAAAUGUGCAAAGAAAUUGUCAGAAGUCCUGAAUUCUCUGGGAAAAUUACCUUCCCAGUCUCCUUGAAGCAGCCAGGAUCUCGGGAUGGAACGAUCCAGUGCUUUAUCAAGAGGGACAAGUCUAAUUUAACUUACCACCUUUUCCUUUGCCUUAGCCCUGCCUUACUUGUUGAAAAUGGGAAAUUUCUUCUUUCUGCCAAGCGAACGCGCAGAACUACUUGCACAGAGUAUGUGAUCUCAAUGGAUGCUGAUAACAUAUCAAGAUCAAGCAACACCUACAUUGGGAAAUUGAGGUCUAAUUUUCUAGGCACCAAAUUCAUUAUUUAUGAUACCCAGCCUCCCUACAACAGCGCUCAGCUUUACCCACCCGGCCAAAGCCGUCGGUUUUACUCUAAAAAGGUCUCUCCCAAGGUUCCUACUGGCAGCUACAACAUCGCUCAGGUGACAUAUGAGUUAAAUGUACUUGGCACUAGGGGGCCACGCAGGAUGCACUGCAACAUGCACUCAAUUCCUGCCGCAUCCCUUGAGCCUGGUGGCAUUGUACCUGGCCAGCCUGAGCUUCUCCAGCGCUCCCUUGAGGACUCAUUCCGGAGCAUAUCCUUCUCAAAAUCAAUUGAUAAUUCAACUGAGUUUAGCAGUGCUCGAUUCUCUGAUAUAGUCGGGUCCCAUUAUGAAGAUGAAGGAAAGGAGAGACCAUUGAUUCUUCGGAACAAGGCACCGAGAUGGCAUGAACAGUUGCAGUGUUGGUGCCUUAACUUCCGUGGAAGGGUAACAGUUGCCUCUGUCAAGAACUUUCAGUUGAUAGCAGCUACACAGUCGGUUGCUGGUGCACCGACACCCUCACAACCACCGCAGCCAACCCAAUCUGACCAUGACAAGAUCAUCCUUCAGUUUGGCAAAGUUGGCAAGGAUAUGUUUACCAUGGAUUACCGGUAUCCUUUGUCUGCAUUUCAGGCCUUUGCUAUCUGCUUGAGCAGCUUUGACACCAAAUUAGCAUGUGAAUAG